GUUCAGACAGUGAUUUUGUGGUUCAGACAGUAUAUUUGUAGUUCUGAUAUCAAUCUCCACAUGUCCCCGCCCCCCUCACCUUAUCUCCGCCUGUCUGCCACCCUCUCACCUCCUCAUUAACUUAACUAUGCAGCUGCACACCGGGAGGUUUCACGCGUAAAAACAAACGUGGUGCGUGUAUCUGGAGCAGGUGAGGAACGAGCAGCAGUGAAACCAGACAUGAGGCCUGACCUGACUCCUCUGCUGCUUGCGGUGUGUUUUCUGGAUGUGUGUGAUCUCUCACACGUGGAGGAGAUGAAGAGCCAGGAGCGGAUCUUCCUCAGCUCCCUCGGGCUCUCCGGGCCGCCCCGGGCCGCAGGGACCCACCUGCAGCAGCCGCAGGCCCGGAGCCACGUCCCCUCCGCGCUCUGGAGGAUGUUCCGGAGGUCCGAGACCCUCCGCACCCAGGAGAGCGAGCCCUGCACGGUGUCUGAGUACGGAGUCCGCGGCAACAUCAUCCGAUAUGUGCAGGACCAAGGCAGGCUGGUGUCAGGGUGGAGCAGCAGCUGUCAGGCCUGUGUGGAGAAGCAGCUUUUCUUCAACAUGUCCGUCCUGCAGCCUGUGGAGCUGCUGUCUCUGGCUCAGCUGGAGGUCAACUUCCACUGGAAACCCUUCAGAUCUGCAGAGCUCCUGCAGGCUCCCCGGGCCCUCGGCGUGUCUCUGUACAAAGUCAUGAGAACCACGUUGAGAGGAGCCGACCCACAGGCCAACCGCAGACUCCUGCUGUCCCAGUCCGUCCAGCUGCAGCCGGAACCCACCUCCAUCACCAUGGACCUCACCUCGCUGGCCGAGAACUGGCGCAAACCGGGACGCAACUACGGUUUGGUGUUGGAGCUGCUUCCCCUCAGCGCAGAGCCACAGGAUCUUCUUCCGUUUCACCCCGGGAACUCGCUCCCAUUGGAACCAGCCCUCAUCCUGCCGCUGAUCCAGGCCUCACUGGUCGCCGUGUCCCUCAACCCCCACCAGUGUCGCUCCAGGCAACGGAGAAGCGCCAUCCACCUCCCAGUGACCCCCAGCAACGUGUGCAAGGCCCGACGCCUCUACAUCGACUUCAAGGAUGUGGGCUGGCAGGACUGGAUCAUCGCUCCGCAGGGCUACAUGGCCAACUACUGCCACGGUGAGUGUCCGUUCCCACUCAGCGAGAGCCUGAACGGCACCAACCACGCCAUCCUGCAGACGCUGGUGCACUCCCUGGACCCGCACGGCACGCCUCAGCCCUGCUGCGUCCCCAUCCGCCUCUCGCCCAUCUCCAUGCUCUAUUACGACAACAACGACAACGUGGUGCUGCGGCAUUACCAGGACAUGGUGGUGGACGAGUGUGGCUGUCGAUGAACGGGACACUUCUGAUUGACUCUUGAAAUUGAAACGUUCUUUUGUUAUUUUCCUGUGCAGGUUUUUAAUGUUGAAUUCUUUCUGUUGUCUCAGUUUGAUGAUUUGGCAGAUCCUGCUUUCAAUGUAUCAUGUGACAUCCUCGUUGGUUUUAAAGAGUGUAAGAUUCAAUAUGUUUGUUCUCAGGGAAGGUUUGAAUGAUUAAAAAAAAUAUCGUGUCAAUAAAAUUACAUCAUUAA